AUGUCCAAAGUUACUACUGUGACACAUACAAUUCGUGCAGCUAAUAAAAGACCUUUUAGAGUUUCAAUAGAAGGUAACAUUGGCUCUGGGAAAUCGACUUGUAUUAAGUAUUUUGACAAAUUUCAUAAUGUUGAAAAACAUGCGGAACCAAUUCAAGAGUGGAGGAAUGUCAGUGGCCACAACUUACUGGGCCUUCUCUAUAGUAACAUGAACCAAUGGAGUUUUGCCUUCCAACAUUAUGUGCAUCUAAGUAGACUAAAGAUACAAACAAGCCCACCUUCAAAUCCAAAUAUAACAGUUAAGAUGUUUGAAAGAUCAGUACAAAACAGCAGGUACUGUUUUGUAGAAAAUGCAAAAAAGCAGAACUUCCUUCUUGAUGCAGAAUAUCAAGUACUACUCGAUUGGUUUGACUAUACUGAAAAAUCUCUUGACAUCAGUUUAGAUUUAAUAGUAUAUCUAAAAACUACACCACAGGUUGUAUGGGAACGCAUGAUGAAGAGGGGCAGAGCUGAGGAGUCUGAAGUGCCUUUAGAAUAUUUAAAACAGGUACAUGAAUCAUAUGAAAACUGGCUUAAUUCUGUUGAUGUAGGUUGUGAAGUCAUUACUAUAGAUGCAGACCGAAAUUUAAACUGCGUUAAAGAGGAUUUGGAGCGUUACUCCUACAAAAUUCUUGGGGGUAAUCAUACAAAC